AUGAAUUAUGCUGAGUGUAUUUCAGUUGCAGGUUCAUUAGAUGCUUUUGACUCGAUACUACAGUGUACUAUUUCGGAAGUUGCCACUUCAGAUAUCUCUGGAACUGUUGAACUUCCAUUUGUGUUUAAUGUUGGAGGUUCGUCGAGUGCUAGUGAUCUUGAGGCAGCUAAAAGUUUAAGUGCUGGAAUACAGACAAUAUCUUUCACUUCUGGUGAUGGUACAAUACUUCUGUAUGAUGUAACCUUUGAUGCCGGGUCCCCAUCUCCAGACGAUCCAGAUGAUAUUGUGUUUGUAGCUAGAAGUUUGGAAUGGGAUAGUACUAAUGAUUACUAUCUCCUUGGUGGUAACUGUCCUACCUCAUAUGGAUUCGGUAAACUUUCGUUAACUGUUGAUGAUGGUACUCUUAACUGUGAUACAUGGGAGGCUAAAAUCACCAAUGAUCUUAAUGAUUGGUAUCUUCCAAAAUCCGCUCAAAGCUUUGGAUCUAUCAGUUUAGAAAGUUGUAGUGGAAAUGAAAUUGUUGUCAAUUAUGCCAAUGUCCCAGCUGGAUACAGAGUAUUCUUAGAUGUCAUUGGAUCACCUGAUGGAUUCAAUAUUGGUGCUACUUACAGUGACGAGCAUACUUGUGGUGCUGCUGUAUCUGGUGGAAGUUCUAGUACUUUUGUCACUACCAAUUCAGCCGGUGAAAGUGUAACAGGAACUGCUGUCGUAGUUGUUACUUCAGACAUCACUGUCACAGUGACUGAACCAUGCAGUCAAUAUGGUACUACUGUUGUUACCACACUUCCAAAUGGACAAGCUACAACUCAAUCCGCUGAAGUUAUUGUGUCUACCAAUUCUGGAGGAAGUCUUUAUACUACUACAUCAAUAAUUGCUGGACCAACUGAAUACACCACCACUAUUGUCACAACAGAUAUCGUUGGAGUUCCAUGCACAGAAACUGGAGUUGUAAUUGUAUCAAGUUCUGAAGGUGAAUUAUAUACUAUUACUUC